AUGGCCGACUCUGCAGGCACCGGCAAGCUCGCCCCAGAGGCACUAAUCACCAAAUUUCAAGUGAGCAAGCUCCUCAAACAAGACCAAAAUGGCCGACGAAUCGCCCUCCUAGGCACAAUCGACAACACGCAAGGCAUCCUAAUAGCCGAGCGCGCGGCAUUCGAAACGGAAUCCCUCGCCGUGCUACAAGCCUUCCACGCCGCAAUCUCGCGAGUCAACAACCUAGGCGACAACGACAUCUACCGCUGGUAUCUCGCGUCAUCAAACGCCAACAACACGGCCCCGACCACUCCCGCGGAAGCCGCGAACCCCCAGCAAGACCUCAAACUCAACCUCAUCUGGCCAUGCACCGCACAGCACAUCAAGAAGUACUCGGACCAGCAUCUGCGCAUGGUCACGGAGACGGCGGAGAUAUACCGUGCGCACGUGCGACCGUUCAUGCAGGCGAAGCGCGAGGAGGGGCGGCUGAACUGGGUGUUUAAUAUUCUUGAGGGCAGGACUGAGCAGGAGGAUGUGGUUCUGCGGGAUGAGGGGCUCGGGCCUGAUGAUGGGUUUCUGAUGUUACCGGAUUUGAACUGGGAUCGGAAGAGUAUCGGGUCAUUGCAUUUGUUGGCUUUGGUGCAGAGGAGGGAUAUUUGGAGUUUGAGGGAUCUGAAGAAGAGUUUUGUGCCUUGGUUGAAAUAUUUGAGGGGGAGGGUGCUGGAGGCUACGGUUUCUAUGUAUCCUGGUUUGGAGGAGGAGCAGAUUAAGCUUUACGUUCAUUAUCAACCGACUUACUACCAUUUCCAUAUUCAUGUUGUCAAUGUUAUGCUCGAAGCUGGUGCAACGCAGGCAACGGGCAAGGCGUUUGGGCUGGAGAACUUGAUCUCGCAGCUUGAGACUUUGUCUGGGGAUGGGGAUGCUAGUCUGGCCGAUGUUGAUUUGACAUACUUCCUGGGCGAGGCCAAUGAGCUGUGGACGGAUAUUUUUGAGCCGUUGAAGCAGGGGAAGCAACCUCGUGAAUAUAAGAGAGCUGCUUGA